AUGGGUGUGCAACCCAAAAAGAAAUCAGGGAUAUUCACAACGUUAAGCGAUGAUUUACUUGGCCAAGUUGUUAACAAGGUCAAGGACAAAGAAGAUAGAAAGUCGUUUUCCGAGGUCUGCAAGCAAUGGUUCAAAGUGGAAGGUCUAGACCGAUCAUCACUUAUCCUUAAUUUUUCCAAGCCUGGGUUUUCGCUUCCUGUACCAUCUAGAUUCCCAAAUCUAAUCAGUUUGGCAGUAUGGGAUUGCAAGACCCACACUGACCUUGAAUUCAUAGCCCAAAAUUGUCCCAAACUCGAGAGCAUCAUGAUUGAAUGCAGAGAGGAGAAGCAAAACGGUGAUGAUGGUGGCAUUUUGAGCCCGAAAGGACUACGUGCUUUGGGAGAAGGGUGUCCCAGAUUAUCCAAAGUUGAGAUUUACGGGCCUAAUGCAGUAGGGGAUUCUGGAGUUGCUGAGCUUUUACAUUCAACACAUAACUUGGAGACCCUAGUUUUUUUAAACAAUCAGUUGAUAUCAGUAGCAGCCCUCAGAGCAAUUGGGUCCACAUCUUCUAUUAGCUCUUUAGAGUUAAUGUUUUGUUAUAACAUUACUGAUGAGGGAUUGGCUUUUUUGGCGAAUGGAUCUAUCUCAAAGACCCUCAAGGAAUUGAUCAUUGAGACUGGCACUAAAAUCACUGAUGCUGGGGUCGACCUUUUGCGCAAAAUGUGUAGCCUGGAGCACCUGGAAUUGUCCUGCGAGGGAGAAAGCAACAAAAUCACUGAUAUUGGAGGUGUGGGAAUCUCUGCAAUUCGAACCCUCAAGGAAUUAAGAUUGGAUAAUGUGGACGUGUCAGACCCUACCAUGGUCGCGCUUGCACAGAAUUGUCGCAACUUGGAGACACUUGAUAUAGGGGGUUGUGAAAAGGUAACUGGAGCUGGCAUUUGUGCAUUUUGCAAUCACAAGUGCUUGAAGAGGCUUAAUUUGGACAAGUUAAAGAUCAGUCUUUCUGAUGUGGAACGGCUAGUGCUUGGAUGCCCGUCCUUGAAAUCUGUUGUGGUGGAAUCACGCAGGAGGCUUGAUCCGACUUGGAGCAAGAAAUUGAUGCAAGACAGAACUAGAAAAGUUGUUAAAUUUGUUGAAAGUUAUGCUCUUGAUAUGUAA